ACCAAAUGGGAGUUUAAAAGUGACCACAGUCUGAUUUUUAAUCUCGUGUCCUUCACAAAAAUCUCAUCAAGCUGAGAAUCUACGUUUCCAGUCACUGCUGUCCCGAAAGUGUCACUGCGCCUCCAGGGCACAGGUGGAGCAGCCAUGUCCACUGGCUCUGCUGCAAGUGAUGCUGAGGACUAUGAGACGUGUCACAGGAGGAGAGGAGCGCACGGAGCUUUGGAGAGGACUACCUGCUUUAACCCCAGCAGGUACUCGGAUGAGGAGUUGGAGGAUGACAGCGCGGAGGGGAGGGUCAAGCACGAGCGCAAACUCUCCAAAGCGCACCAGAAGGAAGCGCGGCAGACGCAGAGAAACGCGGCCAACGCCAGGGAGAGGGCGCGGAUGAGAGUGCUGAGCAAAGCGUUCUCCAGACUAAAAACCAGCCUGCCCUGGGUACCGGCGGACACCAAGCUGUCCAAAUUGGACACGCUUCGACUCGCCUCGAGCUACAUCUCGCACCUGAGACAGCUGCUGCAGGAGGACCGGUUCGAGAACAGCUUUGCGCACCCUGUCAACCUGACCUGGCCGUUCAUGAUGACAGGCCGAUCAGAGGACAGCCAAGACAUCUCAACCACUGUCAGACUGUGUGGAGCAACAGCAUAGGACCUCCCUUCUCCACCUGUCCACUUCCAUCUUUGGAGAACUGUCUGCUUAACUGUGGCUAAUCCUGAUUGUCCCAAACAGUGACUUUGAACUCAACCUUUAAUACACCUGGACUGUGUAUUUUAGAGCAUGACAGAACAAUAAAAUCUCCAUAUUGUUUUCAGAUAUAGUUUCUUGUGUGCAUGUUGAUUAUGGUAGAUUUACACUGUGUGUAAGCUCUACUGGUUUUAAAUUUGGAUGGCUUCCACAAACUUCAU